AUGGCAUGGGACAUCUGCAUCGCCGAGUUCGACCCUCGAUGGUGGGAGUCUCGCUACGAAGAUGAAGCAGACGUGCCCUACCAAGCGGACGAAGUCGUGGAGGGCGAUGAGACGGCCACCGACCCGCGGGAUGUCGUGACGUCUGCGUGCCAACAGCCAGGCUGGCCCGGUCCGCCCUGCGAGAAGUUGAACCUCUUCCUCAUGCAUCACAUUCGGCCGAUCGCGAGGUGGGCCGAGCUUCGCUAUCGGAUCUUCCUGGAAAUGCAGAAGCAGAAGCCGGACCGAGUCGAAGUGUUUUUCUACCAGGACUUUCGCCGUAAUGCCACUGGCGUGCUCGAGUCCCUGGCCCGUUUCGUGGGUGUGUCCCCGUCGGAUCCAGGGCUCCAAGCGCUGGCACAGGCGGCUGCGAGCGGCGUCACUUGCUUGGCGACUUCCCUGCUACCCGGCUUUCUUGUCGCUUCUCUGACGCGCAUGAUGAAGCAGGAAUUGUCCAGAGACCUCGCAGAUCCCUGGGCUGCCAUCUGCCCGCCGACCUGGCCGGCAGGCUGCCGUCGCCAAUCGCAGCUAAACCGCGGCAUUGGGCGCAUCGGCGACACCUGCGGCGCCCGAGCGCGCUACUGCCCCGACCUUUGCUACCGAAUGAACACACCGCCCUUCUGUGCUUCUCUGUCCAGCGGCCCCACGACCAAGCCCUGCCGAGUGGACAACGCCGGCCAGGAUUGGUUUGUGAGCAUGGUGCCCAACACCGUCAACCGCGGCGUCAUGCACACUUACUUUCAGCCCAUCGGCAAGCGCAAGUCAUCGGACGGUGAUGCAACGCUGGAGGCGUGGAAGUAUGCCUGGGAGCGCGCGGGCUGGACGACCCGCGUGCUGAACCUGAGCGAUGCGCAGCAGUCGCCGGACUUCGAAGAGUUCAACCACACGCUUUGGACCAAGGUGCCACUGGGCCAGGGCUACGAGUACGACUACCAGUGCUACAUUCGCUAUCUUGCGAUGGAAAUGGCGGGGGGCGGCUGGAUGUCUGAUUAUGAUGUCAUCCCCACAUACCUCCCACCUGAUGUGGAGCUGCCAAACAGUGGGACCUUCACCGUCUACCAGCAACAUGUCCCUGCCCUCAUGUCUGGCUCCAAGGAGCAGUGGGGCAAGGUGGCCAGGAGGCUCUUGGAGCAAGGCGUGAAGCAUGGCUCUCCGGGGCAUCUUCGGGAUCAGCUCUUCUCCGAUAUGCACUCCAUGGAGGCUCUGGAGAUGCAGCCGCAGCGGGAGUUCAUCUUCAUCAACGUCAUCGCCGAUGCCCACGAAUGGAAGGAUCUUCUGAAUCCGCGCUGUGAGGUGAUCCAGAAACGGAUGACCCUGGCCAUACACUUCGCGCAUUCCGCGCUGGAUAAAGCAGGCGUGGGUAUCAAGCGGCGAGGGGUGGUCAUGAGAAAGGGCGCGGACCGUUGGUGGCAAUGUCAUGGCCUUGACACCAGCUUGUUCACCACCUCCUCGACGACAGUGGUGAGCAUUGAAGGUCCAUCGAGUUCCUCUGAAGCCCCGGCCAACACCGGGGUCCCGGCCGGGCCCGUGGAUUGGCGAUUUGGGGUCGGCGGCAAUGCCAGCUUCCAGCUCCUCUACUCGCCGAGCAGCAGGUUAGAAGCGGCCUGCACUGUGCUAAAUCAGCUGGGGAAGCUGCGCUGCUUGGGGGAACUCAACUGCUCCUCGGACGUCACCUGCGACAGGGAUUCGAUGUAUCUCACGAACAUCGGCAACAGCACGGGCUGCCAACCAUCCUGGCCGGCUUUGCCCACGCCGGAAGAAGUGAAAGCCGAAGCCAGGCUCUUCCUGCAGCAAUCUCUGGGCCGCGUCGUGGUCUUGCUCCGGGACCCCCGUGACAUCGUGCUCUCCACCUACGGGAGAGCAGGAGCCAAAAACCCAGAUUGUCCGGACAAGGCGCUGUUUGCGCUGAGGCACAUACAGCCUGUGUCGCGCUGGAUAAACUUGCGACACCGACUGGUCACACGGCUUCGUGAGAUAGAUCCGACGCGCGCGGCCGUCCUCUUCUUUGAGGACUUCUUCACCAACACCAGCAGCAUGGUCCGGUCAAUGGCCCUGUUCAUGGGCGUGCAGGUGUCGAUUUCGAUGCUGAAGUCGCUGAGCGAUGUGGCCAAGGUCACCAGCGACAAUACAACAGGCGUGCGUUUCUGCCUCGCCGCCUCGGCCGUGCCCGAUCACAUUGGCGCGGCCAUGACGCGGCGCAUGCAGCGGGCGCUGAGUCCCACUCUGUGGGAGAGAUGGCGGACGAACUGUGAGCCCCUCUGGCCAAAGCUGCCACCCUGCUCUGGGGAGUCAAAACUCGUCCCCCGAACCAAGUUCGGUGCCGAUACUUGUUCCGGCACGACUGGGCGCUCCUGCCCGAAUCUGUGCGGAUUCGGAAAGCACGGCUGCGUGUUGCCGGGCCUGUCUGAGUUUCCAGAGCCCUGCAAUGUGAACCAGGUCGCCGACUUUUGGAAGAGUGGUCCGCAACACGAGGUACCCCGAGGGGUGAUCCACACCUACUACACCUCGACGGACGUCACCGAUCCCGAGGACAAAAGGACGCACACCCUCAUCAACUGGCAGAAGGCUUGGCAACGCGCUGGCUGGGAGACAAGGGUUCUGACCAUUGACGACGCGAGGGUCUCGGAGAACUUCACAAAUUUCUCUUCGAGCGUGCUCAAAAUCCCCCUGGGUGGAAACAAGAUGUACGACUAUCACUGCUACAUACGGUACUUGGCCAUGGCAGAAGCAGGAGGGGGAUGGCUGUCGGAUUACGACACGAUACCCACGUGGCUGGCGCCCGAUGCGGACCUUCCGAACGGGGGCCGCUUCACGAUCAUGCAGAAUCACGUUCCCGCCCUGAUGUCGGGCACGAAGGAGGAGUGGUAUCGAAUCGCUCACGAGCUCGUGGCCGUGGGCCUGGCAAAGGGUGAGGAGCUUGCCGUCGGGGAUAGCAAGAAUCCGCUGUUCUCCGACAUGUUUGCCAUGCUUGCGCUUCGACAGCAGGAUCCUCAACCUCUCAUCUUCAUCAAUACGGUCGGCGAUGGCAGUGAGUGGGGCCCGGACGUGCGGAAGACGGACUGUGCGCUGAUGCGGAGGUUUUCUGCAGGGAUGCACUUCUCCCACCGCUCAAUGCAGGAAAUCGGCCUUCACAUGAACUUCCGCGGCCGCACGAUGAAGCGGGCUACGGAUCGCUUCUGGCAGUGCUAUGCAGAGUCCUCGCGGAGCUUCGCGUUCAAGGCAGAAAACCAGACGACCACCUCUGUCCUUCCGCACAGGACGAAGCGCAGGACCUCGACCACGACUGAGCCGGCGAACCCCUGA